AUGAGUUCAGCAAAGAGAACCUCAACCCAAGUCACUGAAGCCCCUACAACCCUGGGACCACAAGUAAAGGGCGAACAUGUUUUCGGUGUAGCUCAUGUUUUUGCAUCAUUUAACGAUACUUUUAUACAUAUAACUGAUUUAUCUGGAAGGGAAACUCUAGUUAGAGUAACAGGUGGUAUGAAAGUAAAGGCUGAUAGAGAUGAGUCUAGCCCAUACGCCGCAAUGAUGGCAGCACAAGAUGCAGCAGCUAGAGCUAAGGAGCUUGGAAUCACAGCAGUUCAUGUUAAACUACGCGCCACUGGUGGAACUAGAUCAAAGACUCCAGGACCAGGAGCACAAUCGGCUUUAAGAUCACUGGCACGCUCUGGCUUAAAGAUCGGAAGAAUUGAGGACGUUACGCCAAUUCCAACGGAUUCUACAAGAAGGAAGUGCGGAAGAAGAGGAAGAAGAUUGUAG